GAGGGAACGUGACCCUCCAGUGUGGCUCACAGGAGGGAUUUCGCAGCUUCAUUCUGAUCGAGGAAGGAGAACACAAGCUCUCCUGGACCCGGGACUCACAGAAAACCUCCUACAGGCAGUACCAGGCCCUGUUCCACAUGGGCCCCGUGACCCCCAGCCACAGGUGGACGUUCAGAUGCUAUGGCUAUUUGAGGAACUCCCCAUGGCUGUGGUCGGAACCCAGUGACCCCCUGGAGCUACUGGUCUCAGGUGUGUCUAGGAAGCCCUCCCUGCUCAGCCCGCAGGGCCCUAGACCCGGCCCCUGCCUGCACACAGUAGGUGCUCAGUUGAUGACGUCAUUCCUCACUCCUGACGUCACUUGUGCUCAAGGUCCGGGAAGGUUCCUGGAGGUUCUGAUCGGAGUGUCGGUGGCCUUCGUCCUCCUGCUCUUCUUCCUCCUCUUCCUCCUCCUCCGACACCGGCGUUGGAGCAAACACAGGUCAUCGGCCCAGAGGGAGGCUGACCUCCCGCGUCCUGCGGGGGCUGCGGAGCCAGAGCCCAAGGACACAGGCCUGCGCGAGAGGUCCAGCCCAGCUGCCGACGUCCAGGAAGAAAAGCUCUGUGAGAACAGGGGUUCCUGGGGGGAGACGGGGGCCCUGAAGGUUCAGUGACAGUGGGGGAGGGGCAGGCUGGGAAGGGUCUGGAGCUCAGGGGAGACGGUCUGAUCCCCACACCGGGGGCCUCGGGGACAUCGCAGCCACUGCCUGGCUCCCAUGGCCCCAUCUGGGACGAGGGCAGGGGCUGGUGGGACUGAGAGAUCCCUGGGGGUCCUGCCAGGGGACGAGCCCCUCGUUCUG